AUCUAGAUAUCACUCAACGCUGUAGAUUACAUUAUUGAUUAUAUGGCAUACAUUAUCCAAACAGGAAAAUGUGCAUGUUAAUCGCAAUCGUUGCCUAUUUAAACUACGACAAAAAAAAACCAAAGCUAACGACACAGAUCGCGCUUGCACCGAACCCGUUCGCAUUGUAUAUUAUACUAUAUUACGUUACGCAGCAGCGAGUGCGAUUGUGUAGACAGUGAGCUUUGCGACCAGUCCAAACAAUGAUUCUGCCGAUGCAUCAAGGCGCCACCGCCGCCGCCUCUGCCGCUGUUUUACAGAGGACUAUAAUGUUGCUGCUACUUUCGUUGUUGGUGUUCUCCUUGUCGUUGCUUCCAUCGGUCACCGCCGAGUGCCCGGAUGGAUGCACGUGCGAUCAAGAGGAUGGCGUCUACUGCCAAAAACUGGAGCUGAAAAGUAUACCUGACCGCAUACCUCCGGCUACCGGAUUUUUGUAAGUCGACUAUA